AUGACGCCAGAAUGGGGCAGCAUGCCGCUUCUUCCACUGAGGUGUGUGUUGGAUCACCUGAGCAUGGAGGAUGCACUGGCAGCUAUGUCCACCUGCCGCCAUUGGAGAAAUACUAUAUUACUCUAUGAGGGACACAAAGACACAUUAAAGUUACGAGCGAAACAAAUGAGAAAGAAUUUAUUCCUGACCCGUAUCUUCAGGCGGUACACACGAAAGCUUCACAUAUACUUAGACGGCAACGAAGACGAACUGGAGAAAUUCAUGAACCUUGUGCUUCCACAAUAUUUUGACACAGUGAAGCUACGGGAAUUAAUAUUUAUAGGACCAAGCUAUUUACAGCAAAAUCAUAAUGUGCCAUUUACCAAACUGAAGAGGAUAUUAACAGAGAGUUUGAUCUUUAAAAAUAUACAUUGUAUUGAGACGUUUGCACUAUUAGGCUGUGAAUUGGACGUCGCGGACAACGUGGAGAAGGAUAUUCACAAACACAUCGAAUACUACUCGCGAGGGCUACUGUUUAGCCACCAUAGCAUCAUAUCAGCUGUUAACUUGGAAAUCCACGAUUUCUCUUCUACGUUGAGGCACAUAAUAGUAGACUACUCCCAGAUAAACACGUCCAGUCUACGUACAUUGGGAGUCCUUCGUCAGUUGCGUUACCUGACACUGAACAUAACGAACAAGCGCAUUCCUUGGCCCCAGAUCGACUGGGGCCACGUGCAAAGCAUGUAUGUUGAACCGCUGCAAGUCAUUAUUAACAUUAUCGCAGUGCCAUACAGGAGGUUCAACGACAUAAUGGACAAUAUUCUGGUCGAAGAGCUCAACCUGAUAUCUUUAAAAGUCAUGUUUUGUAAAUCUUUAUACACUCCUCUUCUGUCGCACGUUUCACGUUUGUACCAGGAGUCUCUACGUGAAGUGGUGUGGGCUGAUAGCCCUUACGAGUCCAACGACCCUUAUCAUCGCAUCGUGAGACCUAUGCGACAAAUGCAGCCCGAUCAUUUCGCACAUGUGAACCCAUUCGUGUUACUUUGCUGGCAAUGUACACAUUUAAGGAGACUGGCCAUUCAUGGUUACUGGAUGUGGCACUAUGACCUGCUGGGCUUCGUUCGCCUGCGAAAGACAUUGACUCGGCUGGAGAUAUCCGCUAUAUACAACAAGCAGGGACAAUUUGACAACGAGCUGCAGAUGAGCGAGGAGGGUGCCGUCAGGGUCAUGGUGGCCGACCGACCUGCAAAACUGGACACCGUCUGUAUAGAUGAGGUGAACGAAUACACCGAGUUCAACUGGCAGCCGAUAGCGUGGGGCUCGCUGCACCGCGGGCUGCGCGCGCGCGCGUCUCCGGCCGAGCGCGCCGACUUCCUGCUCAGCGAGGCGCGCCAGCCCCUCGGCGUCACGUUGUAUUGA